UGUUGCUUUGGUAACUCGCAUAAACAAAUGGCGUCCAUGAUGAGCUGAAAACAGUGGCAACCUCUCGUUUCUUUGGGAGCUACGAUGGACGACGAACCUGUUUCCACAACGCUUGCUUACACAAAAAGCCCCAAAACACCCAGAAGAACAACUUUUCAGGAUGAGCUAAAGAAAGCUGUGUCUGCUAGAGCAAGCAGGCAUAGUUAUUCUGAUGACUUUGAAAAUGAUGACGAUGAAGACUGUAAAGUUAAAAGUGAUGAUGAUGACGACGAUAUACUCAACACACUCAUUAAAACACAAAAACAAAAAAAGGAGAGAUUUAAAGCUGGGAAGACAAAGGGCAAAAUCAAUGAUUUCAAGCUUUCAGAUGAUGAAGAGGAAAAUGUCAAACCCAAAAAAGUCUCUUUCAUGAAAACCAAAAGGACCAGCUCACCUCUACACUUUGAACAGUCAAACUCAGCGGGAAGUGCAGACGGCCAGUGUAGUUCUGUUCAUUCCAGCCAGCCCAGGAAUUCAUCUCAAAGCCCAAGCAACUCUUACACUCCAGAGAAAAAUCAACAGUCAGAUUCCCCUUUUUCCUCUUUAUCUGAUAAAUAUCUACCUGAGUCCACUUUACUCAAGAAUGAUGAACAGUCGAAAUCAGCAGUGCGGCUGAGGAACCAGACAGAAUCUUCUAUGGUGAGGAAGAGCCUAUCAGAAUCUCCACUGCCACUAAACUCUGAGAACAGUCAGUGGGAUUCGUCCAUACCUUUUACAUCAGAAGGCUCACAGUGGGACAGUCCAGUGCCAUUGCCUUCAGAAAAACAUGAAGACAACCAGAAGAUUGAGAAAGAUGAUGAAGUGCCUGUUCCUCAACCCAGGGAAAGAACUGUUAAAUCAAAAUCGUCAGCAGGUUGUCUACUUCAAGAUGUGUCACCCAGGCCUAAGCCCAGGCAGAAGACUAGCAAUUUGUGUGACACUGGCCAGUUAGAAGAGGAAACAAAGCCUGAAACCCCUGACUGCAGCAGAGCAGCCACAUCCUCUAUGUCUAUAGCGUUCUCCAACAGAUCUUCCUCUGAGAAGAGUCAAGCCUCUACCAAUGAAUGUACAAGUGUACAGGGUCCAGAUGGAGACCAAGCCAUGACAGAAAGAUCGUUUUUAUCAUCAGAGCAACUAUCUGAAAAUCUAGCCACUGCUGGCAGUGCUGCCACAGAAGAGAGCAAAGAGAGAAAUUAUUCUACAUCCUUUGAAGAAAAGCCUGAGAGUUCCCAAGGUGACCUUGAACAAGCAUCAACCACACCAAACCAGAUUUCUAGAAAAACCACUGACAGGCCUUCAAGCUCUCAGUCAACCAGUUCCAGAAAGUCCAAGUGUUCUUAUAAAGCAGAGUCCAAAUACUUGGGAACACUGAAAAUUUUGGAUCAGAGAACACAGAAGGCCCAACAGGUUCCAGAAGCAGCAGAUUCACUAAGAGCAGCUGUCUACCAGGAAUGGCUGAAAAAGAAAGAAGAAACCUUGGAAAUUACUAGGAGGGCAAAAAAGCAGGAACAGAAAAUGAAAGAGGAGAAAAUGCAAGAGGAAAAGCUUUCUAAAACUGCAGAUGCAAAGGCCUCUUAUGAUGCCUGGAAAGAGAAAAAACGUGACGUCAUAAGAAAGAAACUCAGCGAAAAACAGAAGCUAAUCAACCAACAACAAGUGGAAAUGGAUAAAAAACAAGAAAAAAAGGAAACAGCAAAACAGCAGGUUUUUGAGAAGUGGAAAGAGGAGCACGACAGUAUCCUUAAAGACAAGAUCAGGGAAAAGAAACAGGCUGAAAGAAAGCUGAAACUACAGAAGGUCACAGAGAAAGAAGAGAGAAAGAAGGACUGCUCCUCUGCUUUCACUAAAUGGAGCGACCAAAAGAAGGACGUCAUUGAAGAGAAAGUACGGGAAGAACGCAGAAAGCAGAAGAUAAAGGAAGUGGAGGAGCAAUAUGAAAAGGAAGAAAAAGAUAAAAUGGCACUGGAGAUGUAUGACAAAUGGCUGAGAAGAAAAGAGUUUCAACAAGAGAAAGAGAAAAAAGAAAAGAGGAUACAGGCUAUUCUUCAAGAAGAACCCCCUCCACCCUGGAGCCCACCUAACAAAACCAUCCCAUUUGGAAAAUGAACUUUAUUUCAUUUUUAUUUUUACCAUGUUCUUUGACAUUUAAUAUAAUCAAAUUUCAGGAGCGCUGAAAACACUAUGUGGCAUUUUCAUUAAGAUGUUUUUAAGUUCGAGCAGCAGCUUUGAGAUAUUUGUCUAAAUUUCUUAAACCUGACAUAUAGCUUCAUCAGUGCUGUAAAAAAUUUAUAUAGCAUGGCAUUAUGUGUUUAUUAAAGCUUUAAUGUUACUUAAAAUAAAUUGCUUUAUUUGCUUUGGUUUUUAUAUUUAUUUAAUUUUUUAAAUAAUGUGUUAAACUUGCGUUCUUUUUAGGCACUUGUACUGAAUUUGUUUGCUAGCCUUUACAGUUUGGACCGUUUUAAUAUUUGUUCUGGUGAAAAUUGUGCUAUUAUUUUGUCACAUAAAACAUGUCUUGAAAUUGUA